AUGUUUGAUAACUCUCACUACCCCUUCAACUGUUUUAACUACGAUGGAGACGGAUACCCUUCCUCUAGCACUGACGAAGAGAAGAAAAUGUGUAGACCGGCGUACAGUGUGUGUCUGUGUGUCAGCUACAUCGCUCUGAUAGCCAUGGCUAUCCAGCAGAGCCCCGAGCAGCGGGUCACUCUGUCGGGCAUCUACGAGUUCAUCAUGAAGAGAUUUCCGUACUACCGAUCGAACCAAAGAGCCUGGCAGAACUCCAUCAGACACAACCUGUCUCUCAACAGCUGCUUCAUCAAGGUUCCUCGGACAGAGGGCAAUGAGAAGGGAAAGGGAAACUACUGGUCUUUUGCCACUGGCUGCGAAUCCAUGCUCGACCUGUUUGAAAAUGGCAACUUUCGACGGCGCCGGCGCAGGAGGAACGUGAAAAUCAGCCUCUGUGAUUCAGGAGAAACCCCUUUCCACCCACUAGAGAGCCACAGGAAACAACAAGUAUCUGCAGCCCGGCACCCUGACUCCGAUUCCACCCUCUGCCCUUUGAACCCUGAAAGGCCAAGGCCCGGUCCACAGCAAAACCACCUCAUCCCAAACUCCACCCAGCAGGGGAAACCAGAGUCGGAGAUCAAGUUUAGCAUUGACUAUAUCCUUUCCACUCCGGAUCCACCCCUGCCUGGGUUCAGAUCCUCCCACGGCCCUGUGCACAUAGGGCCUACAGGGCCACCUAUACAUGUUCUGGAGCCCCAACACCUGAACCUGCACUUCUGGACUCUGUGAGCAAAUGACAG